AUGCCUCUACUCGGCAGCUACGUCGCGACCAUGCUAGUCCUCCUCCUCCACCUCCGCGCCGCACCGACGGCCACCGUCCACGCCGCGAUCGGCACGUUCGUCUACGCCGGGUGCUCGCCGUCCAAGUACGAGCGCAACACCGCCUUCGAGAACAACCUCAACUCCCUCCUCACGUCCAUCUCCUCCACCGCGUCCUCCGGCGCCACGUACAACAGCUUCACCGCCGGCGACGGCGGCGCCUCCACCGCCUCCACCGCGUACGGCCUCUACCAGUGCCGCGGCGACCUGAGCCCCAGCGACUGCGCGGUGUGCGUGCAGGAAACUGCAGAGCGGCUCGGCGCCGUGUGCGCCAACUCGUACGCCGCGUCGCUGCAGGCCGACGGCUGCUACGUGCGGUACGGCGCCACCGACUUCGUCGGCCGCGCCGACAACACCGUCGCGUACCGCAAGUGCAGCUCCGGCGCCAGCGAGGACGCCGGGUUCCUCAAGAGCCGCGACGGCGUGCUCCGGCAGCUGCAGGCGCAGGCGGCGACGGGGUACAAGCUGGCCGCGUCAGGCACGGUGGAGGGGGUGGCGCAGUGCAUCGGCGACAUCAAGGCGCCCGACUGCGCCGCGUGCCUCGCCGAGGCGGUGCUGCAGCUCAAGAACGCGUGCGGCUCCGCGCUGGCCGCCGACGUGUACCUGGAGCAGUGCUACGUCAAGUACUGGGCGAACGGCCACGAUUUCCGUUCUUCCCAAGAUUAUUCCGGGGACGAGUUUGGGAGGACCGUGGCAAUAAUUGUCGGUAUUUUGGCUGGGCUGGCACUCCUCGUCGUGUUCAUCUCCUUCCUCGCCAAAGCAUGCUAGAAACGGAAGCUUGCUGUCCAGUUACAGUGUUACUGUUAGAGACGAGCUGAGAUGAUACUGGUGUUGCACAAGGAAACCCCAGCAGAAGGACGCAUGCUGGCCGCACUCGAACUUGUUUAGGUUCACCGAUCUACUAGGACUUGUCAUAGAAGCACUGUUAUUCAGUUUUCCCUAGUAUUAUUCUUUUGAAAGGAAAUCUGAUAUGAAAACAGAACACAAGGACGAUGCAUAGAAGUCAUCUGCUUUGUUUC